CCCGCGCGCGCUCUUCAAGCGGGGAGCUUUGGUAGCUCCGGCGAGCGGGCGGGCCGCUCUCGCUGGGCUCGCUUCGCCGCCGCUUCAGUCAGUCACCGGGGCGCGCUGCUGUGCUCCACAUGGACUCGCCGCCGCGCAGCCGUCCGGCGCCUCCGCCAACAGUCCAGCGCGACCAGUGACCGCCGCGAUGCGAGUACCCGUCCUCGUGGUCGUCGCCACAGCCGCGCGCCUACUCCUCGCGGCCGCGGUGCCGGCUACGACGACAAGAACGACGAGGCACGAACUGAGCAACGCCAUCGAAGACGUGGCGCUGGCUUCGUCGGGUCCCUCUUCGUCGGGCCCCUCUUCAUCGGGCUUCUUCGUCGGCCCCCUCUCCGUCGGUGUCUUCGUCGGCAUCUGCGCCGCAGUCGCUGGUGCAUCGCCGCAAGGACGUGGCCGCCGUGUCGCGACUGCUUCAGGUGUUCGGGGUGCGGGAGCCCCGACGUCGGGAGCGGCACCAGCAGCCGCCGGAGCAUGCUGGAGCUGUACAACGCCACCACGGGUUCCGGGGGGAUCGCGGUCGGCAAACCCGUACAACGCCAACCUGGUGCGCAGCUUUCCGGACAGGGUUCGGCGGCACAAUAAGAGGGGGAAGAAAAAGACGAAAGAGAAGAAAACGACUCGGAGCGGCGGAAAUUCUAGAGAGAGCCAGCUCCGGUUCUUCUUCAACGUGACGCCCAGCGAUUCGGCCAAAGAACAGGUGCUCCAGGCGGAGUUCCACCUUUACAAGCUAAAACCCAAACACAGGUUCGUCGACAAGCUCGGAGACGCCAAGUCCCACUUGCUCGAGGUGCGGGUGUACCAGGCGCUUCCCGGUGCCUCGGCGCUCAAGGAAGAGGGCAACCGUCUCCUGGACGUGCGACGGAUGACGUACAACUCGGUCGGCUGGGAGGUCUUCUACGUCAAGGAGGCCGCCGAGGACUGGAUACGGAACCCGGCCACCAACCUAGGAUUGCUGAUGACGGUGCGGACGGCGCACGGCCGGCGCCUGGACGGCGGCGUCCUGCGCUUCGCCAAGCGGCACCAGGGCCACGCCAACAAGCAGCCGAUCCUGGUGCUGUUCAGCGACGACGGCAGGCCCAGCAAGGAGAUGCUGUACCCGGUGAACGCCUCGGGGAGUCCCUCGGACGGCGCAGCGGAGCCCACGAUCCCAGCCGCGGCCCCGAGGAUUCCGUCGUCCCCGCUGCGGCCCCAGCCGUCACCCAACCUGGCGGCCCGGAGCGUCCGCGCCGCCCGGGCCUCUUCUAAGGUUGGCAACGCGCACGGGGAGCCGUUCAACUGCGCCCGCCACGAGAUGUACGUGGACUUCGAAAAGAUCGGCUGGUCGAGCUGGAUUAUCUCGCCCAAGGGUUACAACGCCUACUACUGCAAGGGCCAGUGCUCCUUCCCGCUCGGUCAAGACCAGCUGCCCACCAACCACGCCACGGUGCAGAGCAUCGUCAACGAGCUCAGCCUGUCUCCCGGAGUCGGAACGCCGUGCUGCGUGCCCAACAAGCUCUUCUCCAUUAGCCUCCUCUACUUCGACGAAAACGAGAACGUCGUGCUCAAGCAGUACGACGACAUGGUAGCCGCCAGCUGCGGCUGCCAUUGAGACAGUCCUUCGGUUGAGGACUCCUCUUCUGGAUGAGUCGAAGGCUCCGAUCUGGCCGCAACGCCAACGAGUAUACCGCGCGGUUCUGAGCGCUUCGCGUGUUCACCUUUCCAGCGCUUCUCACCCACGGCGAAAAUAAUGCUGAGUCACCGGGCCAUGGACGCAUGCGCGGCGUCUGGUAUUCCAGAGAAGCGAGCAACUGCGCAUGAUAAGAACGCGUUCUAUGGCCCAGUAGACAAAGAUGGCGGCACGCAGAAAACGAUCAUUGGAAUUGUCCAGAGGAUCCUGUCAGUUUCUCCUCCCGAAAGCUCCGGCGGUGGUGCAAUCAGGUUGUCGGCAGCUUACAUUUCCCUUCGUUCCGAGGAAAAAAAAUAUUCAAAAAUAAAACCGGCGUUUGAAACCGCCGCGGUUAUUGUCCCACCAAAAUAUGACGUACUCCCCGUACUCUGUUCAGGACCUGGAAUCUUGCAGCCCGUCAUAAUUCUAUCACGAAUAUAUUCGUUUUAUCGUGCGCGUUAUAUGAAGUGCGAAGAAAACGCCGGUGUCAGUUCUGCCUGCGCGGAGCUUUUCGUACAUGAUAUCUUCGAUAGGACUUACCGCGCAGAAUUACGUUAUUGGACUGGUCUUCAGGACAUCGCUGACUGCUGGCCAAAGAAGAUCCGCAGUUCGAUGCUAGCAUUAGGUCACUUGGCGCAGAUUAACGUGUCUUGCGAUAUAAAGGAGACCAUCAAGAAUAACACUCUCACAAAGCUAAAGCCGCUGAGAGAGGUCUAUGUUGUCUGCUGUAUAUACAGUGAGGUAACGUCUGCUGACUGAGUUGCUUUAUUAUAUCCGUUCUGUCCUUGCUCGAAUAUGCGGAUCCUACUCUGCGAUGUGCUGACUUUGUGUGGCUGCUGUUGUCGCGUUUCCUUUUUAUGUUUGGAGGAAGCUAUGCAAAAAUCAAAAUUACUUCAGACUGCUAGCUGAAGAACACUGACAUCCCUUUUCGUGACGCGGGACACGCGUGUUUGCGCUCGCCUUAGCUGCGAGUGAUAGCACAAAGUAAUAGGAGAUCAGCCAGAGAGUCUAUCACUUGCAACAGGCUAUUCUGUUGAGAGAGACACUAAAGAAAGCAGCAUGCAUGAAAAGCAGACAGCAAUGUAAACUUCCUUUCUUUUAUAUUUAAGAUUUAGAUUCCUGCUGUGAGAGAGGCGACAGUUCAUCGGGAUGUCUGUAAAUCGAUGAUCCAGGUAGAUAGAUGACUUACGACCAACGGAGAAAAAUUAUGCUGUCGUCUAUGAGCAAGAAAGAAUGUUGUGUGUUAUUUGUCUUUGGACAAGACUCUGCGGCACUAAUUUCUUGAACGUGUUCAAGUAAGGCUGAAGACGUAUAAACCAAGGUCCGUGCUUACGGCCAACAACCCAACUUAUGUGCCAUGGAGAUUAAAAAAAAAAAAGAAGAAAAGUAGUUAUAAUUAUUCAGUCACCAUAAAGGGCUGUGCCAUACUUUCCCUUGUGUAUACUUGUGACAGUUACAGACUAGUGUUUCAUAGAAGUUCAUCUAGAAGUACGAGAUGAAAUGACGAAACUAUACUGAAAUAUACUAUAGAAUGUAUGGCAUGUCACUGUGGCCCAAAGCAUAAGCAGUCUGCCGGUAUCUUAUCUUUCCUGGCUAAAGCCUUUCUAUUUCUUGGCUGAUCUAUAAUGCUACGCGAACUACACCUCCAAUCCCGAAUCAGCCUACUUAGGUGCUUAGAGCCACAAGCCAGAUGUGUUAAAAGCUGCCGGCGAUGCGACACGCUUCAAGGAGCCUUUCAGUUACCAUGUCUCCUCCUACCUUGCACCGAACCAAUGAAAGUCUAUGGAAAUCCUGUUUUGAGGUCCUUCAAGCUCUUACUUCAGAAGGUUUCAGUGCAACUCUCGGCGUUCCCCAAAGGCCCGUGUCGUGUGAAGACCACGUCGCCCAAUGGAACAUGGACAUCCGUUUUCGGAAAUGGACCAAUCGGGACGUGAAAUCGUCGAUCUUCUUGCUGGACAGUUCCAUUUCUGCGAAGGCGAGGACAACGACGUCUUCACCGCCACCGCGUGGUCUCUUGAGCAGCGCCAAAGAACGGAAUGUGCCGGUGUUUCUCUGUUUUUUUUUUAUUUUUGUGGCUCUUUUUAAGCGAAAAAACUUAACUUCUGAGUUAUAUAUUGUACAAGUUCGUUUGCAUGUGUGUGUGAAUGUGUCAACGUGUACACGAGUGAUUUUUCUUGUAGUAUAGUGCCAUAGUUGGUAUCCGGUACCCAUGGGCUGACAGGGCUCAACCCCCUGCAAACCGAUUCACUCUAUGAUAACAUCACGAAGUGCAAGGCCAAAGUUAGCCUAAUAUCCUUUUGUGCGCGACUGAACCUUCUUGCACUCCUCACGCCUAAAGCAGCAGGCCCACCAGCAGGCCCACACCUACGUACGUUGCCAAUACCCGUGCAGCGUACGAAGCGUCCAAAGAAGCGGAUUGUCUCAUACAUCCUCUUCCGUAAUUUAUUAAACUCUCGCUUAUACAAGUACCCCAUGCAUAAGCUCUUUGCAAGUACAAAUAUACCGAAAUAAAUGUAAACUAACAUUGACACUGCACGCAUCCGCUGUAGUCAGAGCCUUUGGUGACGAACAUAACUUCUUCCCCUUAGGAAGCACUCGCGUGUAUUUAAAAUGGUGAAGAAAACACCUUACAAUUGUUAGCAUAGUAAGAGCGGCAAAGUUUAAUUACGCGCAGUACUAGAAUUUAAAAAUAUAUUUGUGGCAUGAAAGCUCGCCUGUUUCCCCUAGUCGUGUAGAGCGUAACGACACCUAGCAAAGGAUGCAUAUUCGCCACACCUUCUUUAGAGCCACUGCUGUUAAAUAUUGGCGCAACGCUUAGACCAACCUGUUGUAAGCUACUGGGCGCAAUAAGCGUAAUAAAUCUAACCAAUCACACGUGUGUUUAAUUACUGCAAUAAAAAAUUAUUGCGAGAUUGCGACCAUACGAUAAUGAGGCAAGUAUACUAUAAACGGCUUCCGUUUAAACUAAAUGCUCCAAGCGCAGUAAACUAUACCGUUUCUUUUUACUGAUUUUUUAUGUUUAUAGAGAUUGAUUUUUUUUAUUGGUCCCCGAAGUAGCUUGUUACAAGUCCUUAUGCUUAGUCUGGUUCGAGGCAGAUAGCAAGACGAACUUCGAUUUAUAUUUAAUUUCCUCGCAAAAGACAAACAGCGCAAAAGACAAACAGCGUGGCGGGACCAGGCGUAUGGGUACACUGCUGUCUCUUAUUAGUGUUGCACUUUUUGUUCUUGUACUUCACCAACCCACUCUGAUUUGUUCUAUGGAGUGGAGUGCCAUCGCAGUUUGGAAAUAUUGCACUGCGUUAAAGCGUGCAGCUUAACUCUGCAACGCACCAAUUCUAAAAAAAAUAGUGUCCAAUGGUAAAGAAUAUGUAAAAAUAUCUCGAUUUUGCAUUGUAUACAGCAAAGUAUACGGUUUCUGAAAUUCGUCGUUUUGCUGCUGUUGUCUCUACGACGUCCGAUCCAUGGAUUCCAUUGGAAUGAAUUGAAUUGUCGUCGCUUAACCCCUUGUAUCGGGCGAUCAUAACGUAGAAAACUGGAUCUAGCCAGAACAGUCGUUUUCCGAUCAUAGAGUUUGCGCCAGAUCGGUGCACUUACAGAGCGACUUCCUAGCCAGGGUUGGGCGCAGACGCGGUUACCCGGCAUUAAUCACGGCACCUCCAGUUUCCUUUCUGCAACUGCUGACGUAUACAACUCCGCGUAUAAGACUGUAAAUCAUGUGUGCAUGAGUGCGUGCGAUCACCUCAGUGGCCCCCGAAUAAAGGCUAAAACCAAACC